AUGUCUGACAUCAAGGAAGAAAUCAAUUCAGUGGAAACUGCAAUAGACACUAAUGACUUGUCCAAACUAUUUAGUACCGCAUCCAAUGUACAAAUAUACAGAAAUCUUCCUGACAAAAUUAUUUCAUUUUUACCCAAAUUCAUUUCAGAAAAAAUCCAAGGAGAAGAACUUAGUAAACUAUUUGGAUCAUUGUCACAAAGUCCUUUAACAUCAGAUAAACAUGGCUACAGCAUGAAGACAACACAGAAAUCACCAGAAGCUGGAUCCUCUCUUCCAGUCAAACAGGUACUUGAUGAACCAGAGACUCUCACCACCAUAGACACUGGGUAUAGAAAACUUUUCAAUGUUGCCUGUCUGAGUGAUGAAGAAUUCUGGUCUUGUGGAGGUGACAGCACCAUGAAACUCUACAGUGUCAAUCAGGGAUCACUACUCAAGUCAAUCAGAACCAAGUCAGGGUACACUCCGUCUAACAUAGCGGUGACAAAAAGUGGAGAUCUAGUUUAUACUGAUGUUAGUACUGUAAACAUUGUGAAGAAUGAGAAGAUAGAGGAGGUAAUCAGACUAAAGAACUGGAGACCUCUCGGUGUCUGUAGUACCUCCUCUGGUGACCUCCUGGUUAUCAUGAGGAGUGAUGAUUACAAUGAGAACAGGAACCUGGAUAUCUGCAUGCCUAACUGUGAAGCUAGGGCAGUAUUGGUGGUCAAUCAGGCCGGGAAACUGAGAUUCAGGUACACUGGACAUUCUCCUGCUCCAAAGAACCAGCCAUUCUAUCCACAAGGAAUCACUACAGACAGUCAGAGUCACAUCCUUACAGCUGAUCCUAGCAAUGACUGUGUCCACAUCAUAGACCAGGAUGGACAGUUCCUCUGUUACAUAAACUGUGGACUGAGUGAUCCCCAUGGAUUGUGUAUAGAUACAAAUGAUAAUCUGUUUGUUGCUCAAAGUGAAAUGUUAAACAAACAAGUAAAGAAAAUCAAAUAUCUGCAGUGA